AUGAAACGAUCUGAUCACGUGCGUGAAUCAUUUUCAUCGGACUCCGAAUUACGAAGAAGAAAUAUGAAAAUAAAACGUGAACCAGGACAUCGUAUAUUUGUUAAUCGAAGUUUACAAUUAGAUCGUAUAAAAUUUUAUGGUUUUGAUAUGGAUUAUACAUUAGCAUUAUAUAAAUCACCUGAAUUUGAAGAAUUAACAUUUCAACAAGUAUUAGAAUCAUUAAUUGAACUUGGUUAUCCUGAACAAAUUCGUGAAUUUGUUUAUGAUAGAUCAUUUCCAUUACGAGGUCUUUGGUAUGAUAAAUUAUAUGGAAAUUUACUUAAAGUUGAUGCUUAUGGAAAUAUUUUGACUGUAGUUCAUGGCUUUAAAUUUCUUUCUGGACAUGAAGUUCGUCAAAUAUAUCCAAAUAAAUAUAUUACUGUUGAUGAUCGUAUUUAUGUCUUCUAUACACUCUUUAAUCUUCCAGAAAUUUACCUUAUUGCGUGUUUGAUUGACUAUUUUUCGACGGUUGCUACAUAUGUUGAAGAUCGUACAGGUGUUAUAUAUGGACAAAAUAUUCUUUCAUUUCGUGCUAUAUUUAAUGAUGUUCGCAAUUCAAUUGAUCGUGUUCAUCAUACAGGUAAACUCAAAACAAUCGUUUGUGAAAAUAUUGAAGAAUAUAUUCAUAAAGAUGAACAAUUACCAAUAUUAUUAGAUCGUAUUCGUUCGCAUAAUGCGAAAACAUUUUUAUUAACUAAUAGUGAAUAUUGGUAUACAGAUAAAUUAAUGACUUAUUUAUUAACGGAUAAAUCUGAUGAGUCAAAAACAAAACGUGAUUGGAAAACAUUUUUUAAUUAUAUACUUGUUGAUGCACAAAAACCAUUAUUUUUUGCUGAAGGUACAACAUUAAGAUUAAUUGAUCCACAAACUGGAAGUAUGAAAUUGGGUUCCUAUUCUGGACAAUUACUAGAAAAUGAAGUUUAUAGUGGAGGUUCAUGUGAAGUUGUUUCAAAAUUAAUUGGUUCAAUGGGUAAAGAUGUUUUAUAUGUUGGUGAUCAUAUAUUUGGUGACAUAAUUAAAUCAAAAAAACAAAAAGCAUGGAGAACAAUGCUUGUUGUACCAGAAUUAAAUCAUGAAUUAAAAGUUUUUCAUGAGAAAAGAGAUUUAUUUAAUACAUUAGAAUCAUUAGAUACAUCAAUCAGUGAAUUACUUCGAUCAUUUGAUAUGACAUCAGUUCAUAGACCUGAUGCUGUUACAAAAAUCAAACAAAAAAUACAAGAAUGUACACAUGAACUUGAUAUGAAUUUUGGUCUUUUGGGUUCUUUAUUUCGAACAGGUUCUCGACAAACACACUUUGCUUCACAAGUAACAAGAUUUGCUGAUAUUUAUGCUUCUUCAGUUGUGAAUCUUGUUUAUUAUCCAUUUUUCUAUUUUUUUCGUGCUGUUCCACAAUUGAUGCCUCAUGAAUCAACUGUUGAUCCCGAAGAACCAAUGCAUGUUAAAUCAUGGGGUGAUGAAAAAUCUCAAAUGGAUGCACAUGAUCGUCGUCGUUCAACAUAUUGUCCAGUUACAGCUAUGGCACCACAUUUAAGUCAUUCAUUAUCAAUUCAAACACACCCUGACUUACCAUUACAUGUAACCCAUGAUCAUGAUGAUGAUGGUGAUCCAGAUGAUGAUAUAUCACUAAGUGAAGCUCAGGAUGUAAAUGAAUAUCGACCACGAAUAACAUAUACACCACCAAAACGAAAAGUGGAAAAAUCAUUCAAUGGAGACGAUAAAAAUAAAGAAGAAAAUUUAUAA